UUUGUCUAUUUCUGUGUACAUGCUUUUUUUCUUUUUUUUCUUGUCUUAUGUCUGAAUCUCUUCUUGUCGGAAACACAGAUCUCAGUUUUUUAUAGAAUCUCCGACUCGUUUCUUUUUGCCACAUCGGGGUCUCGUAGAUUCGGAUCGUAGGUAUGAGCAGUCAAGGUUCCGCCGGAAAGGCGGCUGUUGAAGCCAAAGGAUUGAACCCGGGAUUGGUAGUGUUGCUUGUUGUUGGAGGUCUGCUUGUGACAUUCCUGUUAGCCAAUUACGUGAUGUACAUGUAUGCCCAGAAGAAUCUACCCCCAAAGAAGAAGAAGCCCGUCUCCAAAAAGAAGCUCAAGCGUGAGAAGCUCAAGCAGGGAGUCCCUGUGCCCGGUGAAUAGAUUUCUAACUUCUUCCCCUUUACUUCUUCGACUGUGUCAGUUACCAGUUUACUUUUUUCUUGUAUUGAAAAUGUCAAUGAGACUUUUAUAUGGGAGUGUAGAAACGACCCUUGUUUUGCUUUCGGUAGACUUCACAAAGAUUUGAAUCUCAGCUUUGCGUUUGGUUUCCCCUUCA